AGCGCUGCGCCGGCCCCGCCUCGCCGGGCCGCCAUCUUGGCUGGGAGCCGCGGUCGCGCCGCAGCGGGGAGGCGCGGGGGUCGCGGCCCGGCCCUGCCCUGCCCUGCCUGCCUUCUCCCGGCCUUCCUGCCCUGCUCUUCCCUCCCUCCCUCCUUCCCGUGGCCUCCGGCUGCAGCGCGGUGCGGCGUGCCGGCGGCGCAGGGCCUGCUCCAGCAGGGAGAGAUGAGCAACAACAGUAAUAAGAGAGCACCAACAACAGCAACACAGAGACUUAAACAAGACUACCUACGAAUUAAGAAAGAUCCAGUGCCUUAUAUCUGUGCAGAGCCCCUCCCAUCCAAUAUCCUCGAAUGGCAUUAUGUUGUACGGGGACCUGAGAUGACUCCGUAUGAAGGUGGCUAUUAUCAUGGGAAACUAAUAUUCCCCAGAGAAUUUCCUUUUAAACCUCCUAGUAUUUAUAUGAUUACACCUAAUGGAAGGUUUAAGUGUAAUACAAGGUUGUGUCUUUCAAUCACCGAUUUCCACCCGGAUACCUGGAAUCCAGCUUGGUCAGUCUCGACGAUUUUGACAGGCCUUCUUAGUUUUAUGGUGGAAAAGGGCCCCACACUGGGCAGCAUAGAGACGUCGGAGUUCACAAAAAGACAGCUUGCUGCACAAAGCUUAGCAUUUAAUUUAAAAGAUAAAGUCUUCUGUGAGCUCUUCCCUGAGGUGGUGGAGGAGAUUAAACAAAAACAGAAAGCACAAGAAGAGCUCAAUAACAGACCUCCAUCCCUCCCUCUACCGGAUGUUGUCCCUGAUGGGGAAGCACACUACGGUCAGAACGGAAUACCCCUUCUUAAUGGGCACGUUCCGCUGGCACCUGCCAAUCAUCCAGGUCUCCAACAGGCCAAUCGUAACCAUGGACUUUUAGGCGGAGCUUUGGCGAACUUGUUUGUUAUAGUUGGUUUUGCAGCCUUUGCCUACACAGUCAAGUACGUACUGAGAAGCAUAGCUCAAGAAUGAGAAAAGAAAUCCGAGACCAAAUUAGGGGUAGUUGCAGAAUGAGUGGGACUCUGUGUGCAUCUGGCGCUGACACUGGGAUAAAUAUUUGUUUUACCAAGUGGCAGGUAAAACGUUGGUUGGCUCAUGGGUUAUGUCUGGGAAAUGGAGUAGUUUCAAUUAGUCAGAAAACUAAAAGUUCUGCUCGCAGAUCCUCUUGUCUUCGAUACUGUCUGGUAGUGGCUCACAAGUCAAAGCAUUAUUGAUGAGACGCUAACAUUUCUAGUGCUUUGAUUUUUAUAGCAGUUCUCCAUCUGUUAUUUGAAAUUUGGAAAUCUUAAGCAAAUAAAGCUUUUUACGUCACUGAGCAGUUUUUAAAAUGUCACAGUUUAUGCAUAUCAUGUUUUAUUUUCAUUAGGGAAGAGUCUGUACAGAUAUUGAAAUGAUUCAAGUAGAGAUUUCAUGUGGACUUGGUAAGGGUUUGGUUAACGUGAUCAUUUAUCCUACAGAAGAUUGCUGGUUUCUCUCUUAAAUUAGAAUGAACAUAAUUGCAUAUCUAGUCAGUAGUGAUUAGAUGAGUGGGGAAAUAACACCAUGUGUGUUAAAUGUGUUGUCUAAAUUGUCACAAUGUCAUUGAAGGUCUUAUUUGGGCUACAAGAAAUGCAGUUGUUGGCCUCUACAAAGGAUUAGCAAGAAAAAGCGUUUGAAUCAGUCUUUAGCAGGGAAACUCAUACCCAGUAUUGUAUUGGAUUUGUUCAGUUACAGAUUUCCAUUUUGGGGGGAGAUGUUGUAUUUGAGAGCUGUAAUGCUUAAUUCUGAUCACAAGGUGCCACUGUUAUAAAAAAAUACAAUAAAACUGCACACAGCAGUGGAGAGUCGAUUGUGUGUUUAGAAAAUCUUCUCUGGAUCUCUUGGGCUCUGGCAAAUGAAGUAACAAAGCCCUUGUGAAGAUAAAAAGGCCAAAUGAGUGAAUAACAAACCAGCCUCUUCAGAGUCAACUGAAUUAAUCCAAAGUGUUGCUAACUGAAAUAAAUGCUUAAA